AUGCAGGUCGAUCCUUCCCGGGAUAAGGAUUACUCCUUCGCCCGCUUGUGUGAUCUGAAAUCGCAUGUCACGCUCAAAAUUACAUCUUUUGAAGGAAAUAUACCGAGGAGAACCUACACCGAUGCUUUGAAAGACCCAGACUUGCUUCAUGCAGGAAUACAACACGAUGGGCCUUCGGAUCUUUACAUCACAUGUCAGCUCUGGGCGAACGGUAUACAAUAUACUCUCCCUUUCCGUACAGCCUGGAAAGACUUUCCUAGGGGUUAUACCUGGAACCAGACUAUCAUACUUCCUAUAACAUACCCCUCCCUGCUCCUGAACUCUCAGAUAUCAUUCACGAUAUGGGACUGUCAAGGUGCUGGUAAACCUGUACCUAUCGGAGGCACGACCAUGAGUUUAUUCACUAUGAAAAGGACACUGAAACGGGGUCAACAACGUCUAUAUGUACAUCGCGGAGUCGAAGCUGACCCAAAGCCCAACACGACUACACCAAGUGAAUUGGAGGGAGAGGCGGAGGAUGAAAUGGGUCGAUUGGAAAGGCUGGUCAAAGAUUUCGACCGUGGUGAUAUAGUGAAAAUAGAUUGGUUGGAUAGGAUUGCUUUCAGACAGAUAGAGAAAGUCCAUGCUGCUGAAUCAAGCAAGUCUGACAAAUUAUAUCUCUACAUCGAUCUGCCAAAAUUCGACUUCCCAGUAGUGUUCUCCGAACAAGAAAGCUCGAUACCCCUACCACCAGCUCCGAUACCUCAUCCCCUUCCACCAAAUCAACAACAGCUUUCGGGAGUUCCUCCUCAUCUCUUAUCCUCAGACCCUUACCUUUGGCGAACAUAUGAUCCCGACGCUUGGCGAGAGAAUCCAGUGGAAGUGAAACAUAGAAAGUUACUACGUAGUCAACGAUUGGGAGACGAAGGAAGAGAUUUGAAACCUGGACCAGCCGAGCGUGAUCGACUGAAUGAGAUAUUCCGGUUACCACCUACUGCGUCUCUCUCGGCGUUGGAUAAGGACCUUUUAUGGAAAUUCAGAUUCUCCCUCUUCCGUUCUCCUCGAUCGCUCACUAAAUUCCUCAAAUGCGUUACAUGGUCAGAUCCAGUGGAAGCCAAACAGGCUGUUGAGAAACUGUUGCCUUUAUGGGGUCAGGAAGUGGGAAUGGACGAUGCGCUCGAACUGCUGGGUCCAGGAUUUACGGAUAAAAGGGUUAGGGCUUUUGCGGUCAAGCGUCUGGAAAGGGCAGAUGAUGAGGAAUUACUGUUGUAUCUAUUGCAACUCGUCCAAGCUCUUAAAUUCGAUAUGGCGACUUCGAAAUCUGACUCGAUGCGAGGAAGUCGGUCACAUAGGAAGCGAGAUGCAGCAGCGGACGAAGGAGAUAGUGGGCUAUCACAGUUUCUCAUUGAUCGAAGUGUCGCGAAUCCGGUGCUCGGGACUAGCUUCCAUUGGUAUCUUAUGAUUGAAUGCGACGCCAAUCAACCUGCAGGGAAGAUGUAUGCGAAAGUCGCGUUUAGAUUCCAAACAAGAUUAUCUGAGACUUCAGAAGGUACUGCUCAGCGAAAUAUACUGAAGAGACAAGGUCAGCUAGUCGAAGCUCUUUCUGCCAGAUCAAAGGAGAUACGUAGCUCGAAGGAUUCACGUUCGAAGAAGAUUGAAAAGCUCAAGGCGUUCCUGGCUGAUUCCAAACACAAUCUCUCCCCUCUUCCUGCUCCAUUACCUCUACCUCUCAAUGCUCGUGUCUCCGUCACGUCGGUCACUCCCGAUAAAUCAUCAGUCUUCAAAUCCAACCUUCUUCCUCUGCUUAUAUGGUUCGAAACUACCGAUUUCACUCGUUACUCUGAAGAUGAGUCCAAUCCCGAAACGCCAGUCAGUAUUACACCGGACUAUCCCAUCAUUUUCAAAAACGGCGAUGAUCUCAGACAAGAUCAACUGGUCAUACAACUGUUCACCCUGAUGGAUCGAUUAUUGAGAAAGGAGAAUCUUGAUCUGAAACUCAGUCCUUAUAGCGUGUUGGCCACGUCAAAAUCAGAAGGGAUGGUCCAAUUCGUACCUAGCAAGAGUUUGGCGGCGAUCAUGGCGGAAUUUGGAAGUCUGCAGAAUUACUUGAGACAGGAACAUGCAGAUGAUGGUGCACUUGGUUCUUAUGGGAUUGAGUCGGGAGUUAUGGAUACGUUUGUCAGAAGUUGUGCCGGAUAUUCGGUCCUCACAUAUGUACUAGGUGUUGGAGAUCGGCAUCUGGAUAAUCUGAUGUUGGCUCCUGAUGGACAUUUCUUUCAUGUCGACUUUGGCUACAUACUCGGAAGAGAUCCCAAACCGUAUCCACCUCCUGUGAAAGUCUGCAAAGAGAUGGUAGAUGCGAUGGGAGGAACCCAAUCAACUCAUUAUGCUCGGUUUCAAAGUCUUUGCUAUACCGCUUUUAUUGGUUUGAGAAAGAAUGCCAAUUUGAUAUUAAAUCUAGUGGCGUUGAUGGUGGAUGCUGGUAUUCAGGAUAUACAGUCUGAACCUGAUAAAGCUGUGUGGAAGGUUCAAGAGAAGUUUAUGUUAGAUCUUUCGGAGGAAGAUGCUAUCAAGCAAUUCGAAGCAUUGUUGAAUGACACCUCUUAUCUGACUAUUGUAUUUGACAGGAUCCAUGAUCUAGCGCAAUACCUUCGUGAUUAA